AUGAAACUCCUCUUGUGGGGUUCUCUCUCAACCCAAACACCAAACACUUUUUCUUCUUCUUUCUUCUGUAGUGUGUUCUGUUUUGGUCUUGGUUGGUCUUCACGGAGGAUUAAAGCUAAAGGACGAGGUGACCAUGUGAGUUGCUGGGUUUUGGGGGACGCGGACAGGGAGUGCGCAAAAGUGAGCGUACUGUGGCCACCCAAAUGCUCUGCCAUUAGCAAAGUUCUCUCGCGCCAGAGCUGGCAUGUGCCUCUCCAUUGGAAAACGCCACUAGCAGCAGAGCAGAGAGCCAACCCAAGACAGCUUUAA